AUGAAAACAAGUUCUAUUUUAACAGCCGGUACUUUGUUCUUGGCUUCAUUUUCACCAUUUGUCUAUGCUGCUCCUGUUUCUGAAGAUAUCAAAAUAACUGAAUUAACAGUUAGAGAAACUGAAUCAAUUAACAAAGUUAUUUCAAAUUUAAAUCAUUAUACUUAUAACAAAAAGAGAAACACAUUACCAGCAUUACGUACUAGAGCAGAAUCAGAUGCUGUCACUGGUAUUUUAGAAUUAGUUAAAAAUACUAAUUUAGGUCCAGCUGUUUUGACAUAUAUUAUUGACGAUCCGACUUUAUCACAAGAAGCAUCUGAUGUUAUUGUUGGAGCUAUUCAAAAUGGUUAUAUUAAUUUGGACUCAUUAUUGAAAGCAUUGAAUGAUUCGGGUUUAGCUGUUUCUGUUAUUCAAGAUUUAAUUAAUGAUUGUCAAUUCUAUGCUCAAAUCUUUAAGUUGGUUGGUGAAUUCAUUGGUAAUUUACCAGCUGAAAUUGGUAGUUUAUUAGGUUUAAAUGCUGCAACUGUUUCAAAUAGAAUCAAUGCUGUCACAUCAAAUACAAAAAAAAGAGAUUUAAGUCCAAGAGUUGAAUUAGUAGUUCCGGUUCUCAAUAAAAGAGAUAAUUACACUUUGACUGAUUUAUUAUCAUCAUUAAAUGACUCAGGUUUAGCUAAUCAAGUUGUUGAAGCUUUAGUUGUUGACGAUCAAUUUUAUACUUGGGGUGCAUCAUUAAUUGAACAAUUGUUUAGCUCAGGUGCAAUUACUUUUAGUUCAUUAUUAGAAGCAAUAAUAGAUUCAGGUUUGGUUCCAACUAUCAUUGAAAACUUUUUGACUGUCGACACAUUGAGAUCAGUUAUUGUCAAUGCAUUAGCUGCUGCAUUUGGUAAUUGUCAAAGUGUCACUCCAACCACUACCUUGAGAACAACCACAGCAGGCUCACCAACUCCAACUAUUCCGACUAUUACUGCUACUACUGCUCCAUCAGUCUCAGGAGCCAUUCCAACAAGUGGAAAUCCAUCAGCAACUGUAAGUAUUCCAACUGUAACUGGUUCAGGUACAAACUGUAGAAGAAAAAGAAGAAGUUAUUAA